AGUAUUUGAAGGCAACACCAUCCCCGUCUCGUCCCGGGUGAACGGCGUCACAGACGCGAUGUGUCAUUUCGACGGAUAAAUUACCGCUUGUAAAAACCGUCCCAUCUCCUAAGCUGUUCCCGAGCCAGGAUAAUGUCUGUGAACGACCGUUAGUCGGGUCAUACGUGUACAUUUUUAGAAUAUCUCUCGCUUGGUUUUAAAAUUAGGAUGAGGAUGAUCUUUCCAGCGGGCAACAUGUCCCUCAUCGCGCUGAUUUUAGCGCUGCUCGCUAUCGUCCUCUGCACUUCUCAGGUCAGUGCGAACGAGGACUGUCUGUGGUACGUGGAUAAAAACGGCACCUGGCACAACGGCUUUGACUGCCCUCUCAUCACGUUUUGUUGUGGGAACUGCCACCGGCGCUACUGCUGCCUGGACGCCUUUAAGAUGAUCCCAGAGAGGGAGCAGAAACGCUGCAUGCUCUUCCAGUUCAGCCCUACCACUUUGGCUGGCAUUGCCUCUUCCGUCCUCCUGUUUGUGGCGAUCAUUGCGACCAUGGUCUGCUGCUUCAUGUGCUCCUGCUGUUACCUCUACCAGAGAAGGCAGCAGAGGGGCAGGACACCUUAUGAUGUCCAGCAGAUUCCCAUGGCCAGCUAUCCAGUGGAGCCCAUGUAUGAUGCUUAUGGAAAACCACUGGGACCCUCUGAGUAUCCACAUGCAGGUUAUCCAAUGGCGCCCCUGUACACUGGCAUGCCUCCACAUUACCCCAUGAUGCAGCCUGGACCUUAUCCACCACACCUGAUGGAUCCUGUAUACAGCCAGGCCCCUCCACCCUACUCUCCACCUCAGUAUCCCGGCCAUUGAUGGGCUCAUCUACACCACACACAUACACACACAGAGUGGGAAACAACAGCAACUGAGAGAAAGGACUGUUUCAAAAGGAGAAGGCAGCAACACUCUCUCUCUCACAUGCACACAUUGAAACGCUACAGCUCGACUAGCAGUGGUUUUGUCUGUUCAAGAGAACUGGAGGCACUUUAAGGUUUUUCUAUGUUUAUUUACUGUACAAUGUUGUGGUCCUACUGUUCUGGAGUAUUUACGCAACUCAAAUUGCGUUCUGCAACCCGACACCUGACUGCUCCCGGCGGGUUUUUGCACCAUCCCUAAAGUGAGGAGGUAUCUGGCUGAUGUCUCGACUGUGCUGCCACUUGUGCUCUGGCACACUUACCUCAUAAACAGGGUGUCACCUAAAAGACGAGGCUCAUUACCUUCCUGAACAGGGGUCAGAAGGGGUUGAUAAAAAUGAUAAUGCACUCCCUCUUCAUUUAUAAAAGGCAAAAAUGCUGUACUUGCUCACUUUUGUUCAAUUUGAAUAAAUUAAUACCUCCCUAAGGCUACAUUCUAAGUUACACACUCUCCAAAUAUGAUGACAUGUCUUUAUUUCUGUAUUUUUUUUCCCCGUAAUGUGGUCGAGACUAAAGUGAAAAACUAAGCAUGUUUGAAUAAAAAGGGGACAUGUAUGCUCAAAGACAGUGUGACACUGUCUUAAAUUUACUGACGGCCUAAAGGAUUUCAUGGUACUCCUAAUUCUGUGUAAGAAGCCUUUAGUCACCUGCUGGUUUCAACUUUGUCUAUUAUAUUUUUGUAUCUGGCUCAACUAAUUUACUUCAUGGUAGUAUAUUAGCUGCUUAAUUCUAAUGUAACAUCUCAACAUCAGCAUGCUACCCCAGUCAAAAUUAUCUGUUCUCUCUUGCUUUUAUCUGGUUUUAAAUGAAUUAAAAAUCCUUAGAUUAAUCCCAUAAUGUCAUUUUGGUAUGUUUUCUAGUGAAAUUCAUGUUAAAUUGUUAUUUCUUGUAACAUAUCAGGUCAGGGGAGAUGCAAUGUCCCGCCUUAGAAAAUUAACCGAAAAAAGGGAUUAACUAUUUAAAUACAUAUUUUGUAAAUCUGUUCUUCAGCUGAAUAUAUUAUGAUAUUCUAACAAGUUAUUUUAAACAAAAUGUAUUGUUAUUGUAACAUAACAUAUGAUUUUGUAGCAUUUUUGGCAUCUUUCUGUUUGGUAUUUCAUAUUAUCGAGGUUACAUUUUUCUGUGAAGGGGUUCUCCUGUUGUGGACUUGUGGUCAGAAAAAGUUGAAUUUUUUCUGACCACCUCACUUUAAAGUAGCAGUUUGACAUUUUGGGAAAUAUGCCUAUUUGCUUUCUUGCUGAGAGUUAGAUGAAGAAGAUCAAUACCAAUCUCCACAUGUAUCAUGGUAGCAAUCUUCUCAUCAUUACUCUACAAAAAAGCAGAUAGGUGUUUUUCCCAAAAUGUCAAACUAUUCCUUUAAAGUCACACUUAAGGUAUUGGGUUCCUGUGAGGUUAGGGCCUUGUAAUUAUCGUUUAGAAUCUUGGACAGCCUGGACUUUUUGUAAGAUGUAUGAACUGUAAAACAAGACUUCUCAAGCAUGUGUUGUACAGUAAGCUGUCUGACUAAUGGGUAAUAAUUAUCUUUAUUCAGGUGUAAUGUAUCUCAACCUCAACCUCAAAUAAGAUAUUAAAAAACACUGUCGUCAUGCUGAUCAGAGAAGCCUGAAGCUUUUCCUCGAGGCAUAAUGCUGUAUCUUGUCUCUACAAAAAAAAA